AGAAGUGAGGAGAAUUUCACGCAGGGUCGAUUUACAUGAGGUAGUGGAUGCUAAAAAUAAGCCCUUGGAAAGCCUUAGCUUCCGGACUGCAGAAAGAUCCUCUCGGUAUUCAGAUGAACGAAUGCAUAAGUCACACAUAACCACUUCACACAGACACAUCAAACAUGCGAUGAACAUUUUCUGGUAAAGGUACAGUUGCAUGUACUGCUCUGCCCUGCCUAUGCGCGUGCUACAGUGUUAGGUGUUGCGGUAAUUUAUUGUAGGUAAAUCACUCUGAAGAACAGAUAAGAUUGAUUCUAAUUUUUCGUUUAUACGACUGCUUUCUGGAGGAUCUGAAAUUACAUUUACUGUGGUCCAGGUCUUCUACUUCCCCAAUAGGUGCCACCUUCUUCACAAGAUAAGACAUAUCAAAACCUAUCACAUGACUACAGCUCUCUCGCGCACAGCCGUCUUCUACAGUCUUCAGGACAACCUGGCUAUCUUUAUCGCGCGCUCGGCACGGCAGCCAGAACGCGGCACAUACGCUGCUUGUUUGCGCGUUAUACCUGGUUUUGUGUCGGUACAGUCAUGCCAUGGAUGUUCUGUGGCAAUAUCAGUUCAGGAUCAUCUUGCUAGGGGACUCGACGGUGGGGAAAUCGUCCUUGCUCAAACGCUUCACCGACGGUGUGUACAGCGAUGUGGCGGACCCGACGGUCGGAGUGGAUUUCUACGCGCGCUCGCUUGACAUCGAACCUGGGGUGAAAAUUAAGCUCCAGCUUUGGGACACCGCCGGCCAAGAGAGGUUCAGGUCAAUCACAACCUCCUACUACCGGAACUCGGUGGGCGGGCUCCUGGUGUUCGACCUGACCAAUCGCAAGUCGUUUGAGCACGUGCGCGACUGGCACCGGGAGGUGAGCGAGCACGUGCUGCCGCACCACAUGGUCUUCCUCCUGAUUGGCCACAAGAGCGACCUGGGGCGGGAGCGGCGGGUGCCGCGGGAGGAGGCGGAGCGUCUGGCGGCGGCGCUGGGCGUGCGCUACGUGGAGACGUCGGCCAAGAGCAACAGCAACGUGGAGCGGGCCUUCCAGAUGCUGGCGCGGGACGUGUACGAGCUGAUGCGCUCCGGCGAGAUCGCCACGCGCGACGGCUGGGACGGCGUCAAGAGCGGCUUCAACGGCAAGAUCCUGCUGCCCGCCGACGAGGAGCCGGCGCCCGAGAGCAAGUGCCAGUGCUGAGCGGGCCACGCCCCUGUGCCACGCCCCUGUGCCACGCCCUCGUGCCACGCCCCUUGCCACCCCCCCCGCAGUGUUUCGACUCACACCCUCUCGACACUGUUCACCCCCUUUGCACCCUCUGCUUCCUGUUCCGCACUGGGCCUCUGUCCUGUGACAUCAUCGUCCUGUGACAUCAUCAUCCUGCGACAAGGCCUCUGUCCUGUGACAUCAUCAUCCAGCGCCAAGGCCUCGGUCCUGUGACAUCAUCAUCAUCAUCAUCAUCCUGCGACAGGGCCUCAGCAGCCCGGAGGCCUGCGUCUCCAUGCUUCUCCUGCUGAGCCUCACGCGUGUGUCACGCGUGACAGUGUGGGGCGAGCCCCGUGCUCCUUAAUCUGUGGCCUGGGGUCCUCACCUGUGCGCCCCCG